CUUAUCGCCUGGAUGUAACAUUUGCCAUUUACGAUUUUCAAGUGCGCUCAAACUAAAAACCUUAAAGCAUGUGCGAUAGUUAGGGUCAGUUGGUAACCCAAAAAGACGCAUCAUCCUACGCAAUGUGUAGCUUCUGUUCCAAGAAAAAGGCACAAUUUAGUAAAAUUGCAUACAAUCAUUUGCGUGUGUUGCCAGUACGAUGUAAUGAGGAAAAAUAAUUACCGUAUACGGAUCAAUUUAGACAUGUGGAUCACUUCAGAGGACAAAGCCAUACUCGAUGAUAUAAAUGGGGACUUUAGAGCUGGGGAAUUAACAGCCAUUAUGGGGCCAUCCGGAGCCGGUAAGAGCAGUCUAAUGGACAUCUUAGCAGGUUACACCACAGCGAAUGUUUACGGGAGAGUUACUGUGAAUGGCAGGGAGAGGGAUCUGAGGCGUUUUCGACGACAAACAGCCUACAUAAUGCAGGAUCAUAAUUUACAGCCUGUCCUUACGGUGUGGGAAGCCAUGCAUUUCUCGGCAAAUCUCAAGAUAGGAAAUGAAAUGAGUGCCAAUAAGAAACGUACCAGGAUUAGGCAAAUACUGGAAGCAAUAGCUCUCUAUGAGGUUCGCAAAACGAGAACAGUAAAACUGUCAGGAGGUCAGAAGAAGCGCCUUGCCAUAGCCUUAGAACUUGUCAAUAAUCCACCAAUAAUGUUUUUCGAUGAACCCACAAGUGGUCUCGAUAGCUCAACAUCGACCCAGUGCGUUUCCAUAUUGAAGCAACUUGCCCAGGAGGGUCGAACAAUCAUCUGCACAAUCCACCAACCAUCGGCUCUAGUUUUUCGUAUGUUUGAUCAUCUCUACGCCAUAGCAGAAGGGAAGUGUAUCUACACAGGGAGCGUCCAGAAUGUUGUGCCCUUCCUCAUGGAACUGGACCUGAAGUGCCCAGAAUUCUACAAUCCGUCCGACUAUCUCCUUGAAAUUUCCACAAAUGACUACGGAAUGCAGAACGAAAGACUCGUGGCGAAAUCUCAGAACGGCAUGACAUGCACAUACAGAAGCCAAAAGUCCAGGAAUUCAACACAGAUUGCAGCAAUGACCAAAGUCGAACAAAUGAUGGCGAAUGGCUUGAUAACGCCUGUGAGGGCACCAAGUUUAGCGCAUUCAUCAAAAGUACCCCCGACACCUGUGAUGGAUCUAAUGCAAAUGAAACCAAAGAAAGCAGGACUGAAAAUCGACCCUACAAAGUGCUGCAAACGCGACGACCGAUACCCCACAACGUUCCUGCGGCAGUUCUACAUUAUUCUUCUACGAUCUUUCCUCAUACUCUGGCGUGAUAGAUCACUAACAGCCAUGCGGGUGUGCAUCCACUUGUUCGUUGCACCCGUUAUUGGAGUUCUGUAUUUUGGGAUCGGUAACGACGGAUACCACACGUACAAUAACUACAAAUACGCAUUCUUCUCAAUAAUGUUUCUCAUGUACACGGCGUUCAGCUCUAUUAUACUUGUUUUUCCUCUGGAGUUACCGAUCAUCAAGAGAGAACACUUCAAUCGCUGGUAUUCUCUUAAAGCCUACUACGUAGCAAUGACUCUAGCAGACGUACCUGUUCAAGUAGUCUGCGUUUUCCUCUACACUAUAAUAACGUACUUGAUGACAGCCCAACCUCUGGAGAUUCAGCGUUAUGCACUCUUCUCCUUCACCUGCCUCGUGGUUUGCUUUGUUGCCCAAAGUAUUGGACUUCUCAUUGGAUCUCUUUUUAGUGUUAAGAAUGGUGCAAUAUUUGGGCCCUUUGUCAUCUGUCCCUUCCUCAUCUUCUCGGGAUUCUUCAUUCAUCUUGCAGACGCUCAUCCGUUUAUGCAUUGGCUGUUCCACAUAUCGUUUCUCAAGUAUGCCCUAGAGGGCGCAUCUCUAGCCUUGUUUGGCUUCAAUAGACCAAAAAUGGAGUGCGAAAAAAUCUUUUGCCAAUUUGUUUUGCCUGAGAAAUUCAUGAAGACAAUUAAUAUGAAUGAUGUAAACUAUUGGUUCAUUCUGGGGGCAAUGGCGACGAUAUUUCUCUUUUUCCGCAUCACCACGUACUACGUCAUGCUCUACAGACUACGUCACAAGAGUUAAAGGUUACAGUAGUGAUAAUUUCUUAGGGCACAAUAGGGUUGAAUUAGUCGCAUUUAGGUAUUUUUUAUGGGCAGUUCUUUGACACUACUAAUUUGACAAUUAUUAAAGGGAAAUGUCACUGAGCUGUCAGAAAAGGAGUCUAGAUGCGAUGUCCUAGCUAGAGUUCAAAGGUUUAUUUUUUUUUGUAAGUCUGCGGCACUUUGGACUCAAGUUUAUUAUAUUUAAGGUUCGUCUUUUAUAAACAUUCCACCCAUUAGGAGGAUUUUAUUUGCAAUUAUUAUCUCUAUAUUAUUAUUGUGUUAGUCUCUUUAGUUGCCACGAAUUUUUAUUUUUCAAAUGAUCAACGAAUUUUUAAAAAGAAAAUGUAUUUUGGACUGUAAAAUAUCCCUAAAUUGGCUUUAAUAUGUUAUAUAACUCAAGGGAUGGUCUGUAAAAUAUAUUGUGGAGAAAAUUAAAAAUGUUUUUUUUUUGUCACAAAGAUCAGGUGUAAAAACAUAACACAUUGAAAGAAAGGUAGGUCAGUGACCUGUAUAAACAAUGCCUAAGAAAUUCAGUGGGCGUUAAUAUUUUGACACUGAGAAGGGCAAGCAAUGCAAGACGACGAUGUACGAGUGAGCCGAGCGGUGUCGAUCGUAACUCUUCGGACGACUUUUGACCACAUUUGAAGAAUUUUCUGUCACUGUGUAGGUUCAAGUAAACAGUCUGCUGCGUUCCACAUGAGAUGAAUCAACACAACAACAUUAUCAUGCAAUAUAAACAUAGCUGGACCACCUCACUUUCUAAUUCAACUCACGAAUAAAAAUUCUUUAUUUUUUUCAUUAUAAAAAAUUUUGAAUAUUUGAAUUAAAAAUGAUUUAAUGGUCUCAAUUUAAAAAAUUUAAAAGUAUAACGAUCUUUUUUCAAUAAAAUUCUUGUAAGAUAAAAAGAUUUACAGCUUUUGGCGCGAAUGUUUUCAAGAAUGUAAUUCAUCAACCUCUUUGUAAACUUCUUUUAUUGUUAUGAUAAGCACGUGAAUGUAUUAUGAAUAUGAGAAUGUGAUCGUUUAUGUGGAUGUGUAUGUUUUAUGUUCACAUUCACCAUACUUUUAAACAAUCUAUCUGAUUAACUUGAGAAGCAGUCAAGUCUGUGCUCUCUGCAAAAGAGGGUGAUCGCGUACGAUUUUUUUUCACAUACAAGAAGUCUAAGAAAAAAUGUAGUUUAAAGUGAAAAAAUUGCCUAAAAAGAUUAUUAUUUACAACACUAACAUUCCAAGUGGGUUGACUUGCAAUUUAUUCAUUAUAGUUACUAAAAAUUAAUAUUCAAAUUAAACUUACACGUUCACAUUGUUUUCAACGAUCAGUGUCGAUUAAAUAGAAUUGUUACAAUAAAAUUCUCAAGAGACGAUCUUCUAGUUCGUGAUUCGUGACGUUCUUAAUUCUAUUCACAGUGUUAAUAGGCACUCGAAUAGUUCUAGAAAAAAAACUUACAUUGUUGCAAGCUCAAGCACAAACAAAAGCUUUAAAUAAAAUUAUAAUUGUUCUGAGAAAUCUUGCCGUUUUACUAUUAAAAUAAUUAGGUUGACUUUUAGUUCUCCUCACAUUCCAUAUUUACGGAAUCAAAAACUGAUAGUAGAGUGUCUUAUCAAAAAUUACAAACAUGGCAGCAAUUGAUGUUGAUAUAAAGGCGUAUAAAAAGUCCAUUGAUAUCAACUUUCACCAGCUCAGCUAUAUUACGCCGGGUA